GACUGUCAAAUCUACAUAUUCUCUCUUCUCUCUCUCUCUUCCCUCCAUUCUCAGAAUUCCGCAGACCUCUGUGUUUUCCGGAGAUUCCAUUCAAUCCCCGAUCUCUAUCACUCCUCCUCGGUAUUCCCUCGCCUUCCUCCUAUAUUAUCAUGUUCCAGAUUUUCAAGUGCAGGCAUGUACAGAUAAGAGGAUAUGAUUAUGGCCGAAUUAAAAAUUCAGAAAAGCUUCUAAAGACUGCGUCUGACUCGGUCGAUUAAGCUUUUGACUCAGAAAAGAAGAAUGGAGGGUGACACAUUCUCGGGUCUCAACAAUGGUACAGCACAAGUUGAUGGCAAGAUCUUGCAGACAUUCAAAAAGAGCUUCGUUCAAGUGCAGAACAUCUUGGAUCAGAACAAGCUUCUCAUCAACGAGAUAAACCAGAAUCAUGAGUCCAAGAUCCCCGACAAUCUUAGCAGAAACGUGGAUCUCAUUAGAGAGCUCAACAACAACAUCAGAAGAGUGGUUGAUCUUUAUGCUGAUCUUUCAAGCUCCUUCACGAAAUCCGUUGAUGUUUCUUCCGAGGGAGAUUCUAGUGGUGCUCUAAAAUCUGAUGGAAAAGCGGGACACAAGCGACACAGGCCUGCAUAGAGUUUGCUUUUUCCUUUUUUUCUUGAUUCUUUUGCUUGGUGACUGAAGAUGCAGAACAAGCAAGCAACACCGCAAAUUGCGUUGAGUUGAGGGUAGAACUAAGAUUAGAUUCUGUAGCUUAUGCUCUGAUCUCUGGUUGUCAUAUUAAAAAGAAAAAAGAAAAAAAAAUGAUUUUCCAGAAUCCCUCUCUCCCAUUGUAACCUUGUAACUGUGGAUCUAAUGGAAAUUCCAGCAAUGUUUGUGGUACUACUAAUUUAGUUAUGCUUUCUGUUGCCCCAGAAGGAAGAUAAGAAUGUCUUUUCUCCUCCAUUUAAGGUUCAUCAUGUGAUGGAAUCUAAUGCUACUGUUAUGCUUUUGUUCA